AUGGACCAGCUCGCCCGCUUCGCGUCCCGCCGAGCGCCGGGCCUGUUCCGACAUGGCUGCGUGUCAUCCAACCAGCCGCUCGCUUCGCGCGCCGGCCUCGACGUGCUGCAGAGGGGUGGCAACGCGGCUGACGCGGCUGUGGCGGCGGCAGCUGUCAUGGCGGUGACUGAGCCGGCCAGCACGGGCCUGGGGGGCGACGCCUUCUGCAUCUUCUACGACGCCGCCGCCGGGGCGAUGAAGGGCCUGAACGGCAGCGGCAGGUCGCCGGCUGCGCUGACGGCAGAGCUGCUGGCUUCCCGGGGCUUCAGCGAGCACCACCCACUGCCGGAGCGACAUCCGCUCACGGCGAUGGUGCCCGGCACCGCGGCCGCCUGGGCCGACACCGUCCAGCAGUUCGGCUCGGGCAAGUUCUCCCUGGCGGAGCUGCUGGCCGCGGCGGUGGAGCUGGCGACCAACGGCUGGGCCGUGACGCCCGUCAGCGCGGACCAAUGGCAGGGCUCGCUGAAGCUGCUGUCCGAGCACCGCCGCGGUUCGGAGCUGCUGCUGGACGGGAGAGCCCCUCGCAUAGCCGAGGUCAUGACCUUACCCACCAUGGCCGCCUCCCUCAAGGAGCUGGGCGAGAAGGGCGGCAAGCAGUUCUACGUCGGCCGGGUGGGGCAGGCCAUCGUGGACGAGGUGCAGCACUACGGCGGGGUGCUGGGCAUGGAGGACAUGGCCCGGCAUGCUAGCGUGCUGGCCUCGCCGAUCAGCGCCACCUACAAGCACGUCACCGUGUGGGAGAUGCCGCCCAACGGCCUGGGCGUCACCACGCUGCUGGCGCUCAACAUCCUCGAGGGCUUCUCUCUGGCGGGCAUGGACCGCUCGGGCGCGGAGUACCUCCACCUGCUGAUAGAGGCGCUGAAGCUGAGCUUCGCCGACUCGCUGCACUACGUGGCGGACCCGGCGUGCGGAGAAGUGCCGGUGGCGGCGCUGCUCAGCAAGGACUACGCCGCGGCACGGCGCUCGCUCAUAUCCGCGGACAAGGCGAACAACUACCCCGUCCACGGGAAUCCAGAGAUAAAAGACGGCGGGGACACCAUCUACCUGUGCGCGGUGGACAAAGACGGCAACGCCUGCAGCUUCAUCAACAGCAACUAUAUGGAGUUCGGAACGGGCAUCGUGCCACAGAACUGCGGCUUUGCCGUGCACAACCGAGGAGCGCUGUUCAGCCUGGACCCCAAGUCUGCCAACUGCGUGGGACCCUCGAAGCGCUGCCAGCACACCAUCAUACCGUCCAUGGUGACCCGCACCAGCGACGGGGCGCUGCUGGCCUGCUACGGCAUCAUGGGGGGCUUCAUGCAGCCGCAGGCUCAAGUGCAGGUCGUGCUGGGGAUGGUUGAUUUCGGUUUGGAUCCGCAGCAAGCACUGGACACCCCUCGUUUCAAGAUCAAUGUGACCAACAGCCAGCCGUGGGGCGUGUCCCUGGAGGCGGAGGUCCCGGGGGCCGUGGCGAAGGCGCUGGCGGCCAAGGGACACGCCGUCUCGUGGCCGGUGGCGGGGUACGACCGCGCCGUGUUCGGCCGCGGGCACGUGAUCACGCGGGGGGCCUGGUUCGCGAGCGGCAGCCGGCGAGACGUGGACGGGGACAGCCCCGUGUGGUGGGCGGCCGCCGACCCCCGCUGCGACGGCUUCCCCUACGGCUACUGACGUCUCCUCACGUCCAUCGACCGUUCAAAAUAUUUUUAUUGUAACUAACACACAAUUCAGUACAAACUGUAAAUACCCUUAUAUCAUCAGUAUUAUUUUUAUAUUUUCAGUCUCUUUGACUACUUACAUUUGUGGCAGCAUAUAUCAUUCAUUGAAGUAAAAAGUUAUGGAAUUGGUGUGCAUUACAACAGUUUUUGUUGUGUUAAUAAUCAAAGUCAGAAUGAAAAACGACCCCCUACUUUCCUUUCCUAUAUGGACAGAAAUGACACUUUCAGGCUAAUAUGUUUUUUUAAAAUCUUAGCUUAAAAAUACUCACUUCACGAUGGCAAUUUUUUUUACGAAUCUUACUUUCCUUUCAAGCUACAGACUGAUGUUGUACCUACUGUGAUAAAAGAAGCCAAGUGUUCACCCCGCCAGUACUAGUCACCGCUGGCGAAACGCACCCUCGCAUCACGUCUGCACGAGCCAAGAUGGUGAUUGUGUCCGCAACUAAGUAAGUGCUCCGUGCCGUGUGUUAGGCACCUGUAUGAGUGUAUUUAAUUCCCGUAAGAAUUUAUGUGAAGUCAUAAUAUUCACAAAAGAAAGUGCGUCGUUAAGUAUGCGUGUGACCCCUUAGAGAGUACCUGGUUUGAUGAACGCCUUAAUAUCUUUUGUGGCCCCAGGCCAGAUUUAAUACGCAGUGCUCACCGAGUGUAUUUAAUAAUAUAUAAAUAGUCUGGCUCCAGGUAACUGAGUAGCCCACAAGCGACGAACAGUCUCUGGUUUGACUGGUGUUUUUCAAGUAAAAAAUUACUACGUAGAUAAUAUGCACAUAUUUAGACCUUCUGUCAGUCGUUUCCCACGUGGGUAAUUUAACUAAGUUAAUUGUAAGAUGUUUAGACGUUACUUUUUACGUAAAACAUUUACUAGUGCUUCAUGGAUGUGGUGUGCGAGGGCGCUGUUCCUCCCCUCUUCCGUCUCUCCCCUCUGGUGGCAGUCUUCAGGAGUACGCGGUACAAGGCGGACGUGACCGUCACGUGUGGAAGCUGCAACACUUACAUCACUGAGUUCUGUGUGCUGGUCAAUCUGAUUAAUCAACCUAAACCUUCGGUACUUAAUUCACCACGAAUGCCUGGACCAGUUUUCGGUGUAGGGCAUGACCCUUCCACCGUAACUUCUCCAUCGCCACGCGACUGCACCGUGGAGUUUUAAAGAGAGUACAGGGCCGACUGAUUCGGAUCGCAAUCUUUCUAUAGCGGGACGUCCCCAAGAGGUCGUAGACGAGUAACUUGAAAUGCAACAUGUGUUAACAGUGUGUCCAGUAUAAUUUGUAGCAUACCCACUCAGGGAUAUUACCUGUACCUCGGCUUGUGUGAAUAAAAUCACUCCCGCCAAAA